AUGAAUUUACCUUCAAUAAACAGCGCAUCUUUCACACAUUUACGCUUAUUUCAAUCCCAGCAAUCGUCUCCUGCAGUACCACAGCAGUCCCCAGCGACAGCUACCGCACAACAACACACAAAGAAGGAUGGCAAUGAGUCAUCUGGCAGAUUCCCGGAUAAGCUAUUCCACCUUCUAGAGAACCCUGAUCUCCACAACGUUAUAUCCUGGUCAGAAGACGGCAAAUACGUUCUUAUACAUGAUCCAGUCGAGUUAGAGAAAGUCAUGGGAACUAUGUGGAGAUCAUCCGCUUACCCUACUUUCCAACGACAGAUGAAUAUUUAUGGUUUUAGCCGCACUUCUACUAUAAAACGUAAUAAACCAGGUCAAGCUAAUCGUAUGAUGCCUUCUACUUGGUCUCAUCCUACAAUUUCGAGAGGAUCGACGGCAGGUGACCUCGCCAAGAUCGAAAGAAACGCACCUCGUAGAGAUCGCAAAUCGAAAAAGAGCGAUUAUAGUAGAUCAUACGAUGAUGAUGAUGAGGAUACUAUCAAACAAAGAUCACGCAACUCAACAACCUUAACACCAGCACUCCAUAACGUCUCUUUACCAGCGAUCGAAUCUGAGACACCAUUAGAUACUCGUAAACAUUUACAAAAUGACGAUGGCGAUCAUCCACCUGCAAAACGCGCACGUAGACCAUCCGCUACGCUCUCUAGAAGCGCACCUUCUGCAACAGCUAUGACUCGUAAUUUGUCAAUGACAUCAAACUAUUCAAACAGUGUCGGUGUACGUAGCUCACGUAGAUUAGCAUCAUCUGUUCCACGCGAGAAGAGUAACUCAAAUGCAUUCUCUCAGAUGCGCUCACCAAACAAGUCAGAUAUUUUCAGUGAUGAUGAACCUGAAAUGGCUGUUUUACUACCACAAAUUGAGGAUGAAAUCGAAGAAGAAGAUGACGUUGUUCAUGGUAAAUACAACAAGAAUGAUUCAGCAUCUGGUGAAGAACUCUCAAGUGAUGAGAGUGAUGAUGAGGAUGAACCAAGACGCCAAUUUAGCUCAUCUUUAGGAUUGAGAACACCAUUUGGUACAAAUUCAUCAAAGGUAUCUUCAAAUUCGUUGGAUAUACUCGCAGCUGCAGCUGCUACACGUAAUCCAAUACCAUCAAUUAGUCGUCGUUCAUCAAACUUCCUCUCAAUGAAUCCAAUUGGAGUUGGUGCAAGGAGACAGUUCAACAAUCUUCAUGAACAGGAACCAUCAUCAUUUGAUUCUGAUUAUUCUAUAUUUAGUCAACGUAAAUCAUCAUAUAAGGAUUCAUUCUUACGUUCACAACCAACUACGAACGUAGCACCGGAUUCAAGCGAUGGUGAAAGCCUCGAUGAGGAGGCUUUGUUUACACCACCAAAUGUUGCAGCUGCAAACUAUCGUCCACCAGCUUUGGACACCUUGAGCAACGUCGCUGCUAAUAACCUCAAAAAGGAGACUGAUAAGACACGUAAACUAUCAUUCUUGCCUUCAUUCAACUUUUUCAGUACUGCUAGCUAA